AUGAUGGAAAACUGUCCUUUGAUGAAUUCAAAGCUUACUUUGCUGAUGGAGUUCUGAGUGGAGAAGAACUGCAUGAACUUUUUCAUGCAAUCGAUACAAACAAUACUGACAAUCUUGACACAGAAGAGCUCUGUGAAUAUUUUUCCAAGCACUUAGGAGAGUAUGAAAAUGUUCUAUCUGUCUUGGAGGACUUAAAUAUAACCAUACUGAAGGCAAUGGACAAAACAAAGAAAGACUACCAAGAAGCUUCUAAUUUGGAGCAGUUUGUGACUCGCUUUCUUUUGAAGGAAACACUGAACCAGCUUCAGUCCCUCCAGAGCUCCCUGGAGUGUGCCAUGGAAACCACGGAGGAGCAGACUCGGCAGGAGAGAAAAGAUCCAACAAAACCAGAAGUGCUUUCAUUUCAAUGGCCAGGAAAACGCUCCACUCGAAGGCUUCAGAGGAACAACAGCCUGUCACCAAACAGCCCUCAUUUUAGCACAGGCUGGAUUGAGGACGACAGCCAGUGGAUGACCCAGAUAAACAGACUCCAAAAGCUGAUUGACAGGCUGGAAAAGAAG